AGUAUUGAACACGUCAAAGUAGAAUUUUUGUUAUCAUUCAUUCUGUUGUAAAUUGUGAUUGUGCUAUGAAAUGUUUUGAAAAUGCAUUUGAUGACGAAAAUAUUGUUUUGUAGUGCCUAGCAUUUCUCUAGACAUAUACCUGUUAAAAAUUUAUUAGUGGCGAAUAUUAAGAAUUUAGAUGAUUGUAAAAAUGAAAGCUCUCGUGGCUGCUGCUAUUAGCCUUGCCCUUACAACUGUUGUAAUCGGCAAUGCAUACUACCAGAAAAAGCAGUUUUAUCCUUCCGUUGUGUACCUUACGAAUUCGAAUCCUAGUAUGGCUGUAAUGUAUUUGCAGGCUCUUAUAUUUGUUCUACUAAUUGGUAAAGUUAUCAGGAAAAUAUUCUUUGGUCAGUUGCGAGCAGCAGAAUUUGAGCAUCUCAUAGAGAGGUCUUGGUAUGCAAUAACAGAAACAUGUUUGGCCUUUACUGUAUUUCGAGAUGAUUUCAACCCUAAGUUUAUUGCAUUAUUUACAAUAUUACUGUUCCUGAAAGCAUUUCAUUGGCUAGCUGAAGAUAGAGUAGAUUAUAUGGAGAGAAGCCCGGUUAUUGGGUGGUUGUUUCAUGUGAGAAUAUUGAGUUUACUUCUGUUGCUGGCUCAGGCAGAUUUCUACUUUAUACAUCAUGCAUAUCAGUUUACAAUACAGAAAGGGCCAUCUGUGCAACUUGUCUUUGGAUUUGAGUACAGCAUUCUCUAUAUAAUGAUUAUUUAUAUUUUUAUUAAGUACUUGCUGCAUACUGUCGACUCCCGUUGGGAUGCACCGUGGGAGAGUAAAGCUGCCGUUUUACUGUACACUGAAUUAGCAAUCAAUUUUUUCAAAGUUCUACUUUAUGUUGGUUUUGUUGCUGUCAUGGUUAGGAUAUACACUCUGCCACUAUUUGCCUUCCGGCCAAUGUAUGAAACAAUGAGGAGUUUCAAACGAGCAUACAAUGAUGUGGUACUCUCACGCCGCGCUAUCAGGAACAUGAAUACGUUGUACCCGGAUGCUACCACCGAAGAACUGGCAGCAGCUGACAACGAAUGCAUUAUUUGUCGAGAAGAGAUGCUUGGAGGCGCCAAGAAGCUGCCGUGCAACCACAUAUUCCACGCGGCGUGCCUGCGGCUCUGGUUCCAGCGACAACAGACGUGCCCCACGUGCCGGCUCAACGUGCUCCGCGUGGCCCCCGACGCCCCGGCUAAUGUCCCCCCCGCUCCCAACGUCCCCCACGCGCCUCCUAAUCCCGCCCCGCACGCCCCUAACAUGCCCCCGCCACCCGGCCCUCCGCCCCCACCCUUCCCCAACAUGCCACCGCCACCUAUGAUGGCGUGGGGCAUUGCGCACCCUCCCCCGCCGCGACCCGCGUCCCUGGCGACCCUUACCACAGAGGAGCUGCAGAGGAUGGAGGGAACUGAAAGAAGACACAUCGAGGCUCGCCUGCAUUUGCUGCGUGAGAUCCAGGCGAUGCUAGACGCGUCUGUACUGUUGAUGCAGCAGUACUCCGCCGUCGUGUCGCACCUGCCGCUCAACUGUGCCAAUAUCGCCACGCAGACCGACCCCAACAGAUCAGAACCAUCGCCAGCCCCCAUACCAGUCAAGGUGACCCCAAGUAGUUCCAACCUUACACCCACACCGGCUAACGUGACCCCGAGUAGUUCCAACAUCACACCCACCCCGGCCAAGGUGGCCCCGAGCAGUUUCAACAUCACACCCACCCCGGGGCCGUCCACUAGCACUGAUGGCUUUGUGGAUGAUUUUGAUCAAGUGGAACACAUAAACACGGAAAGUGCUCAGAGUAAUGGUGAGGACGCGGAUGCCCGAGAACUAAGAAGACGGCGGUUACAGAAAUUCAGUUUAGACUAAGGAUUGAAUUGAACUCGAUAACAUGAUUCGUAUAUUUUUGAUUGUAUUUGUACAAAGCGUUUUGGUAUGUGUAAACUUAUGUAUGUUAAUCGAAAAUAAAAUGUAUUUAUGUUCUUGUAAA